CAUCAUUGCAUGGUAUGGCAUGUUCUCUCCAUUUCUGAACAGCGCUUGUGGAAUCGUCCUCUAUCAGGUCAAUCCCACUUCUCGUAUUCUCAAAUCCAGGUCAUCUAGUGUCUUUAUGUUCUGUGCAUCCGUUCUGGCUGAACACCCAUUGCCGCCAUCACCGAACUCGACCUUGGAGGUGACAAGCCGCCAGUCAUAGCCAUCAGAGCCAAAGCAGAAAGAAAUGUUGGCCGAGACGUCAGCCACCAUUCAAAAUGGCCUAGAAGAAGGGAACACUACCCCCCCUCUUAGGCAGAUGAGGAAGGGCACCAAGUCGUGUCAAGAAUGCCGUCGUCGAAAGAUAAAAUGCAACUACCCGCCCACCCCGCCUUCGUCUCCCGCACAAGUUACGGACGUGGCAAGUGCUGCAGAGGAGAGAAAAUGCAUCCAAUGCAAGAAACACAACCGUAACUGCCAGAUCCAAGGCUACGUCGCCUUAGGCACGUCUCGAGAACCCACAGAUGUGGCUACGCCCAUGAAACCAAGCAGCCGUCAGCCGAGAAUUUACAAGAGGCGCCGCGAGAUGCAAUCCUCGACAAGUCAUCCCAACGAUGAGGAAUACCCGCGUGUGAAGAUCCAUGUGGAUAGGAUGGAGUCCGUAGUAGCACGGCUUGCCCAAGAGCGGCAAAAGGAGCGCGAGCACGACGGAGUGCCAACCAGCGCCUCUGAACAGACACAGAGAAACACGUUCAAUUUCCCGGGUAGUUCUGCAGAACUUGUGUCGGCAUCGAACCUAUUCGAUGGACACGACUUUAAUCCGGGCCUCGACCUAGAUGCAGAACUUGGCUUUAACAAUGGAAGUGUAUUUGCCAAUGCCUUGAACUUCGACCUGGAUUUCGGAGGUGGAAACCCGAACAGUCACUUCACCUAUGAUGAACGAGGCAAUGCCUCUACACGGAUCCAACCACAGGUUUUGCUGGAACAGGAGAUGGGAAAUGGAAUACGAGCUUCGACCACGAUCAAUUCUCACCCAUUCCUCCCAACUCAGCAGCAACCUCAGGAAUCAAUAAGCACAAAUGGAACGGGAGGCGCCUGUAUCACAUCCGCGAUGACUUCGGAGGAGCAUUGCAGGACACUCAGUCCCUUGCUUUCACAGCUGUUCAACAAUGAGAUGUUUACCCAGAGCACAGCGUGUGUUUCCUCAGUCCUGGCCGAAAGGAUUGAAUUUAUGAACUUCUCCGACACCUCCAACAACUCUGCUGCCACCGAUGCCGAAAAAUUGCUCUCGACUAUCUCCUCCGAACCGUAUGUGCUCAAGGUCCUGGAUAUUUCCGUGAAAUGGUGGAUUGCAUGGAGAGACCAGGCGGCGGCGCUGCAGGAAGUCUCUCCCUUUUUGAGAGAUGACGAGCGGCAAACACAAGCCCAAGGAAUGCCUAGCAUGGAAACAGGAGUUAAUGCCUCUUCGUUCUCUUCAACAAGACCGGGUCCAGUGGCAGAAUCUCGUCCGACGACCCAUUCCGGGGACCCCCCGUCCUUCCGGGAAUUCGUGCUCACUAAAUUGUCUCGCUCACAAGAGCCCGUGUCACUUGCCACAGGCCUCCUGUGCGUUGCACUGUCCCUCUACCAACUUCGCCCUGGAAUAGACGACCGCAAGUUGAACAUCUCCACGUCUCCUUCCGAACUCGCCGACCGAAUCGUGCUGGCCGUGGAUACAAUUGUUCUCUGCCCCACGUCCCCGCACAAGCAUACGGCUGACCCUGGCAUGCUGUUGCUCCUGAUGAUACGUGCCAAGAUGUACGCCGAGAGCAAUCAACUGCGCAAGUCCUGGUUGUGCAUCCGCAGAGCUUUGGAAUACGCCAAGGAUACCGGGUUCGCGGAGCCGAAGAUGCCAAUCGACGUGGCCCAGUAUGCACCAGAGCUGUGUGGGCGGGAGCUGACGAAGCUCUUCCACCGGCAACGCUUUCUCGGCUCGAUCAUGGAGCUGGACCGGCUCAUGAGCAUGGUCCUGGGCUUCCCGCACGCAGAGGACGUCAAAUUUACAGAUCAUCUGGCGAUGGCCGUGUUGAGGGGUCAGACAGCCAGUCAGGGCGGAGGGUCGGUGUCAGUGGAUAUCAAGAUGCGCGCUUUCAGGCGGGUGGUGUCUAUCGCCGCAGGCCGGGUGAAUGACCGCAACGCAAGUUCUGAUUCAGACCGAGUCAAACUCCAGACCACAAUGGACAUCCAAGCGACAUUGAACGAAGUAGCAGCAGCCAUGCCUCCGGGCUGGUGGGACGUGGAAUCACACCUGGAGACUCCCGAUCCGUUUCUGGCGCAUGAACAUCUGAUAGCGCAGAUGUGGUUCUGGCAGGUCCAGACCUUCCUCCAUCUGCCCUUUAUGCUGAAAGUCAACAACCCCAACCUUGGUGCCCACAGCCCAGACUGCGACAAUAUCCACAACGGCAAUGUAGGGGAUCCAUACGAGGUGAACAAAUACCUCUGUCUGCAAGGCUGUCGCGGCAUGCUCCGAGCUUUCAACCUGCUCCGCUCCGACCCUUCGCUCGCCGUCUAUAUCUGCAGCUGCGAGGACUUCCAGGGUCUGUUCAGCGCGUGUAUACUCAUGGUAGGCCUGCUGAUGCGCUUGUCAUACUGUUCGCAGUCUCCACCCGAGCUGGAGCCCAAUGGCGUGGGAAAUGUCGGCGAGGAUCUCGCUCUCAUCGAGGAGAUCAAGGAUGUCUUCCGGUAUCGCGCGACCCAGCAGGGCGGCGGCAUCAGUAGACAGGGGCUGAGAGUGUUGAAGGAACUAGGCUCGUUCUUGUACGAAGACGUCAACUGUGUCCACAGAGCCGAUGUCAAGCGCCGGACCGUGGUGCUCCCGUACUUCGGAGCGAUUCACCUCGAGCUGAGGCCGCCGAGUCAUCUGCACCACGGAUUCAAUGGCAGGGCCAACGUCCCGCAAAGUAAUGGCGUCCCGACUCCGGGAUUGGGCGCAGAGCUACACAUGGCAUCUCAGAGCGCAUCCGAGCCAGCUUCCGACGAGGGCAUUGGAACGGAUUAUCCCGAUCCGCUUGAGCCAAUGUGCUUGCCUUCUUCUACCUGGGACUUGGAAGCCAAUAUUGCUGCGGACGCCGGUGCCGGUGUUAGUGCCGGCGGCGACUUUGGCACAGACGAGGCGUUCCAAUUCUCCAUGCCAGAGUCGAGUCUGAACUGGGACCGUUUCCUCUACGGAAGCGAGCUGGCUCAGAAUUGGAGCGCCGAGCUGCCCGAGUGGCCCGCCAGCAUGGACAUGCUACCUUGACGAGGUUGAACAGAUGUUGGAGAUCCGGACUUCGGAAUCCUUGGAUCGCUCACGAUAAUGUCGAGCUGUUCUAGAUCUCCCGUCCUGGCUAUAAUUGUUGGGUCCAGGGAAUUGGGUUGGAAAGGACUUGUACAGUAUUGCCGAUUUGGAUCUGAGCAGCGCAUAAGAGUGAUUUCAACUCGCCACUCAAGUUGACCGCUAUGCAUUUCUAGUAUAAUCCAAUCCAUUUCCAUCGGCGGUAGCUUUGGAGACAAAAUUGCCCCCUUCUUUCCGGACCAAGUACGUAUCAGAGUCGGUCGUGGAGGACUACAUGAAUCAGUUGCUAGCAGUUUUACUUCUCAUUAGCACUGCCCUCCGAAAGGUGAUGUGUUGGCCGUCCUUCACUCCCGAGGCGGAGGACAUCUCACUCGC